AUGGAAUAUGCUCUGUUAUUUCUCAUCCUAGUGGUGGUACUAUCGUUUAUCGUGGCAGCUCGCAUAGUUGUCCAUCGUCUUUAUACCCACCCUUUAGCUGCAUUCCCAGGCCCCAAGCUCGCAGCUAGUACAUUUCUCUACGAAUUUUACUACGACGUCGUCAGAAAUGGAUUAUACAUUUGGGAAAUCGAGCGAAUGCACAAGAAAUACGGCCCAAUCGUACGCAUCAACCCCAGAGAGCUCCACAUCAAAGACCCAUACUUCUACGAAGAGAUCCACGCCGGGCCAUCUAAGAAACGCGCCAGGGAUCCCAAAUACGCCGUCGCCUUUGCAGCACCAUAUUCACUCGUCGGCACAAUCGGCCACGAACACCACAGACUACGACGCAGCUUUGUGAACAAUUUCUUCUCAAAGCGAUCCGUCACAAAUCUAACACCCAUAAUCCACGAGAAAGUCGACAAACUCAUCCAGCGAUUCGAAAUCGCCUUCGAGAAUUCGGCCGUGCUCAUUUUACAACUUGAUUUCGCUGCUCUCACGGCAGACGUUAUCACACACUACUGCUAUGGCUGGGCACGCGGGUACCUCGACAACGCGGAUAGCUCGAAGAGCAAUGAUCUCGUUGACGCCGUGAACGGACUCAUGACUAUGUUUCAUAUUAACCGUUUUUUCCCGUUUCUUAGCAAGGUCUUGCUUGCUGCGCCGCCAGCUUUAGUCCGCUGGCUGCAGCCCUGUAUGGCGGAUCUAUUUGAUAUGAAAGCACGCUUGCGGCAGCAGGCCAAAGAUAGUCUUGAAAAAAGGGAGGGUAAGCAUGAGGCGAAGUUGAAGGAAGAGGAACAUAUAUUUGAUGCGUUGACUGGGCCUGGGGUGCCGGAUGCCGAAAAGACACUUGACCGAUUGGAGGAUGAGGGGCAUUGCUCCUCGGCGCUGGGACGGAGACUACGGCGAGAGCUAUUGCCGUUUCGAUCUUUCAUGUCAUGA